CUCCACGAUAAGGAGAGGCUGGAGAAGUGGCUGCGGAACAUGAAGCGGGACGCGUGGACGCCGAGCAGGCACCAGCUGCUGUGCAGCGACCACUUCACCCCCGACUCCCUCGACGUGCGGUGGGGGAUUCGCUACCUCAAGCACACUGCCGUGCCGACCAUCUUCUCUGCCCCGGGGGAUGAGCAAAAAGACUCUUCUCAGAACACCCCACAACAGAUGAAGAGAGACAACCUGGAAGAAAAAAAUACAAAUGUAGAGUCAGAGAAGGCAUCUGUAUCACUUGAACCUUGUACACCAAAGAAAAAUCCUGUAAUUGCAGAAAAUGUAGAUGAAAAGGCAGAAGUAGUUUGCUCAAAUGCAUUGAGUAAACCUUUGCAAAUUCAAAAACUGCAGCUUCAAAAUGGAGAAGACUUUCAGGCAGACAGUGCUAUUCUUGAUAUUUCUUCUAAUCAGCCUGUACAACUUCCUAAUCCAGUUUUAAUGACAGCAGCAGUCCAGAGCAUGGAAGCUACCAGUGUCCAUACUUCUGUAGAGGACCCAGCAGGUUGUACAGCUACAGUCUUGCAAUUUACAGACCCUGACUACUUGAGUUCAUCUCUGAAACUGAAAAAUGCUCCCGAUCCGAGUACUGACUAUGGAACUGAAAACCCUAACUCUCACGUUGCAGGCUGUUCUGUUGAAGUAGAACCAACAAGUGAAGAUGCAGUUCUGCUGAGUACUGUCACACAAACCAUUGAACAGCUCAGUGGGAGUGAAGAAUCUGUCAUUGCUAUCAUUGUGCCAGCCGAGAGCCCAGAAGAGCCUGAAAUAGUUAGUAAUUCUUUCCUGCCUAUUAAGCAAAAUUUUCUUCACACUGAGGAGACAGAAACAGAUAAAUCUGUGUUUAUGACUGCAUAUGGUGGAAGUGAAGUAUUACAAACUGAGCAUUCAUACUGCAAACAAGACAUAGACAGAGAUCACCUUUGGCAAAAAAUCUCAAAGCUCCACUCUAAGAUCACUCUACUUGAAAUGGAGGAGACAAAAACUUUGGGGAGACUCAGGUCCUUGGAAGCUCUUAUAGGACAACUGAAGCAAGAAAACCUGCUUUCUGAAGAAAAGCUGAAGAUUGUAGAAAACUGCUUUACAACACUUGAAGUGACUAUGAUACAGUAAAGGCUUUCAAUGAUUGUUCUAAAGUAUCUUUUUAACAUCUCUGUCCAUUUCUACGAAUUAACUUCUGUUUCGGUCAUGAUAUUUUAAAGAUCUAAAGCAAUUUCUGUGGACAGCAAAUAUUCUUCAGAAUGUUACAUCAACCACUGCCAAAGCUAGAUUGUAGAAUAUUGCCUAUAAAACAUGACUUGAGAAUAAGGU